AUGAACUUUAGUGAAAUUUUUCCUGGAGUGGUGUUUGCUUAAUUUGCACCUAACAGCAAGUUUAUUGUUUUGAGUAAUGGAACAAGAGUAAUUGUAAAAGAAACAGAUUAAUUAUAAUCGAUUAAUUUUACUCAUUCAUAAAUUAAUGAUGCUUAAAUACAAUAAAUAGAAAUAUCACCAAAUAGUGAAUUAAUAGCAUUAAGUUAUCCAAAAAAGGGAUAUAUAGAAAUAAGGAAAAUAGAUGAUAUUAAUUGGUGUGCAAAGAUAGAUGAUAGUAUUGAAACUAUUUAAUGGUGUCCUGAUUCUAUAUAAUUAGCAGUCAUUAGUGAAUUUUAAGUAAAAAUUAAUUAAAUUGAAUUAGAUAAAAGCCUCAAUUUAUAAUCUAAAUAAUAAAAAUGUUACUCAUUUUAAAAAUCCAAAAUAAAUUUCAUUUAGUAACAAUGGAAGAUUUAUGGUUAUGAGUGAAAGAAAAGAUGCUAAAGAUUUUAUUGGUAUUUACAGUGUAAGAGAUUGGAAAUUAUUAAAUUAUCAACCAUCUGAUACUUUAGACAUCGCAGUAUUGCAAUGGUCACAUAAUGAUUCAUUCAUUGGGGUUUAAGACACUGAGUUAAAUGUAAUUUAUUAGAUAAUAAUGUUUUAGUUCAGGUUGAAUAUUCAUUGUCCUUGUUAAGGUCUAUAAAUGAAAUUCGAACCUUAUUCAUAUUCAUUAGGCAUAAAGGUAAGUAGAUUUGCCAACCAAAGUGACUUGAUGGCUGUUGGAGCAAAUGAUGAGAAAUUAAGAAUCAUAAAUCUAUUGACCCUAAAAUAAAUAACAGAAUUAGAACAUAAGAUAACAAAAGAUGUUCUCAUCUAUAAAGAAGAGGAAUAUUCUGAUUAAUAUUCAUAGAGAGUGGUUACAAAAUGUAUUAUUCUAAUGUGAUAAUUAGUUACUUAAAUGGAAUAGGGUUGUAAAAUAAAUCUAUCAAAGACUUAAAAUGGUAUUAGUUUAUUGGAAUGGAGUUAUAAGGAUGAUUAUAUUGCCACUAAAUUUGAUGCGAUGUAAAAUUGUGUGUUCAUUUGGGAUAUGGAAUUAUUGACCUUAAAAGCCAUAAUGGUCUAAAUAUUACCUGUUAGAUCUUUUACAUGGUCUAAGAAUUCUACCACUCUAACAGUUUGUACUGGAAGUAGUAAGAUAUUCUUUUGGAAUCCAACAUGUACAUCUGCUUGUGAUAUGCCAUUCGACAAGAACUUCCAUGUUGUAAAAAUAGAUUGGAGCACUGAUCAAAAAAGUAUGUUGCUUUUUGAUAAAUCUGAUGUUGUUGUUGCCUAUCCAACUCUAGAUGAUAGUUUUUGA